AUGGGGCAGACAGAGGACAGGAAGGAAACAUGCGAGAUUAUCAUCAAGGCUGGUGUUCACAAUUAUGACUUGUUUUAUAAUUCGGUUGUUGUUGUUUUAUUUUCCCGCCACCAGGUGACCGGAAACGCUGCGUCGACUCUGCGGAACUUCUGCAGCUGGCAGCAGCAGCAGAACACGGCUGAUGACGCACAUCCGGCGCAUCACGACACCGCAGUACUGCUCACGCGGCAGGAUCUCUGCAGCUCACGUGACGUGUGUUCUACGCUGGGAUUGGCUGAGGUGGGGACCAUGUGCGAGUCACAUCGGAGCUGCUCCAUCAGCCAGGACAACGGGCUGAGCGCUGCCUUCACCAUCGCGCACGAGAUCGGGCACGUUUUUAACAUGCAGCACGACAGCCACCGGAGUUGCGCCGCUGUGCUGGCGAGGGAGGGGCGGUACAACCUGAUGGCCCCCACCCUGAACGGAGACAGCACUCACCCCUGGGCAUGGUCCCGCUGUAGCUCACGGGCGCUCAGCAACUUCCUACAGGCCGGACGAGGAGGCUGCCUGCACGACCAGCCGACGGGUCCGGGCCGGAAGCUGCCCAGAGACCACCCCGGUCAGCUGUUCGACGUGGAUCAGCAGUGCGAGCUGGUGUUCGGCACGGGGUCGGCGCUCUGUCCGUUCAUGAGGGGGACCACCUGCUCGAAGCUGUGGUGCACCACUAUGGUGAAGGGCCAGCAGGUGUGCCAGACGUACCACAUGCCCUGGGCGGACGGAACCGCCUGCGGAAGGAACAGGUGGUGCCAGGAGGGGAAGUGCACGGAGAAGCGCGAGGCGGUGCGGGUAGACGGGGGUUGGGGGUCGUGGGAGCCGUGGGGGGCGUGCAGCCGGACCUGUGGGGGAGGGGUGCAGGCGGCGGCGCGGAAGUGCGACAGUCCCGCCCCUCAGCACGGAGGGGACUUCUGCCGGGGGGAGGCGGUGAAGUACCGGUCCUGUCGCACCGAGGCCUGCCCCUUUGCCCCCUGUAGGGAGGAGCAGUGUGCGAAGUUUGACGGGCAGCACUUCAACAUUAACGGGCUGAACAGGUACACGCGCUGGGUGCCCAGGUACGCAGGGGUCGCUCUUAAGGACAGCUGCAAACUCACCUGCCGGGUCGCCGGGACAACCAUGUUCUACACGCUCAGAGAAAAGGUCGUUGACGGGACCCCCUGUGGACCUGACAUCAGCGGAGUGUGUAUCCAGGGCCGGUGCCAGAAGACGGGGUGCGACAACCUGCUCGGCUCCACCGCCAAACGCGACAAGUGUGGCAUCUGUGGCGGACGGGGAGAAUCAUGCUCUAAAGUCUCAGGGUCAUACAACAAGGUGGGGUACGGCUACCGCACGGCGCUGGAAAUUCCCGCGGGAUCCACCCGGAUAGAGAUCCGCCAGGUGUCCUACAACGGGAAGAAGGUGGACGGGAACUAUCUCGCCGUCAGGAACGCGAAGGGGAAGUACUUCAUCAACGGCGGCUACGUCAUCCGCAUGGCGGGCGUGGACGAACUUGACAUUGGCGGCGCCGUUCUGUCCUACAGCGGCUCCGACACCGCCGAGGAAAAAAUAUCCAUCCGCGAUCGGACGCAGGAGAAACUGAUCAUCGAAGUCAUAUCUUCCGAGGAGGUUCCUCCGCAGGUGAUUUACUCCUACCUCGCGCCGAAGGCGUCUAUACAGUACACAAACCAGAGAGACACCCCUCGUGCGAGAACUCGAAUGCUGCCCCCGCCGCCGACAAGACCCAGCCCGGUAAGAUCUACGUGGUACACCGGGUCGUGGGGCGGGUGUUCUAAGUCGUGCGGGCACGGAGAGAAGCGGCGCAGCGUGCAGUGCAUGGACCAGUACGGCCGGCAGAGCGGGACGUGUGCCGCCGCGGACAGACCGGCGGAGACGGCGCGAUGCUACGGCAGCAGCAGCCGCUGCGGGGAGUGGAUAUACGGCGGCUGGAGCGAGUGCUCGAAGCCGUGCGGGAGAGGCGUGCAGCUCAGACUGGUGGGUUGCCGGUUGCAGAACGGAGCGAUAGGUCCAGACAGAGAGUGUGACGCGAGCUCCAAACCCGCGGACACGCAGGAAUGCAACACCUCGCCCUGCUCCUCUCGGCGCUGGUACAGAUGACGGCGGGAGAGCUCUUAGCGAUCUUGAACUUGACUCCUAGGAUUGUUUGAAAGUUCACGACUUGGCCAAGCUCCUUGAGAAUCUGCAAACACUCAAGGAAGAGCGUCCCAAGGAAUGUGAGACCACGCCUUGAGGAGGUGCGAAGUAAGAAGAUUUGAAGGACGCAAACACUCGAUGUCGUCUUCACAAUCUUGGCCUAAAGAUUAGAACGCAGGCACGUGAGGCAGGGCCACAAACUCGACUGUACAAACUUCUUUCUACGUGGGACCUUGUUGCACGAUGUCUGUACAAAUGUCGUUGAAAAUACCACAUGGCAGUAUCACUGAGAAUACGACGUCAUGUAAAUGUCUAAAUCUAAGUGUGGGAGAUAGAAAAGACACAUAUCCAAUCUCCAAAAUAAAUGACAAGCAAGCAAACUCAGAGAGCAAACUUUCCAUCCAAUCUGGAUCAGCUAAGGUCUUGAGUUUUUCCCUUUUACAAGCAAUGCUUUA